UAUUGGUGGCCAAGUUUAUUGAUGAUUCGUGUUAACAAAUUUUUUCCAAACAAAACUUUUUCCCAUUUGAUAAUUUCAAUUAAGUCUCAUCAAUCACAAAGUUAAACUUUAUGAUUCAUUAAUUUUCUUCAAAUUAUUAUUAAGAUCUAGUUUAAAGUUUGCGUUUUUCUUUUUUCAUCCACAAUUGAACAUAAUUAAAAAGAAAAUGGACCAUUGCACAACGGUAAAAAUACAUAAAUUGACCGAAGAUUCACAAGAUAUUGAAGAUAUACUUUCUCUUAAUCCUCGUGUAAAAAACUGGGCAACCGUUAUUCCUAGCCAUCGUACUAAACAGGAAAAAUCUCAAUGGAAACGUAAUUGUGGCCGUAACGGUUGUGAUUGGUCGAAAUUGAUUGAAAAUUUUGAUGAUAUUAAACCAACAACAUUGAGUGAACGUGGUGCACUUCGUGAAGCUGCUCGUUGUCUAAAAUGUGCCGAUGCUCCUUGCCAGAAAAGUUGUCCAACUCAAUUAGAUAUCAAAACUUUUAUAGGCAUGAUUGCUAAUAGGAAUUAUUACGGAGCAGCUCAAUGUAUUUUAUCGGAUAAUCCGCUGGGCCUUACAUGCGGUAUGGUAUGUCCAACAUCGAAUCUUUGUGUUGGUGGUUGCAAUCUUUAUGCUACAGAAGAAGGUCCAAUUAAUAUUUCUGGCCUUCAACACUUUGCUGUAGAUGUAUUCAGAAAAAUGAAUGUUCCACAAACUCGUGAUCCAUCUCUGAAGACAACUGAUCAUCAGAUUCCUGAUGUAUUUCGAUCUAAGAUUGCGAUGAUCGGUUGUGGACCAGCUAGCAUAAGCUGUGCAACAUUUUUAGCUCGUUUAGGUUAUUUGAAUUUGACAAUUUUGGAAAAAGAAAACAUUCUUGGCGGUUUAAGCGCCACGGAAAUACCUCAAUAUCGUCUUCCAUAUCAAGCUGUUCAAUUUGAAAUUGAUUUAAUGUGUGAUUUAGGCGUGACAAUUCGAACAAAUCAAGCUUUGGGACGCGAUUAUACAUUGAAAUCACUUCGUAAUCAGGAUAAAUAUGAUUGCAUAUUUUUAGGCCUUGGGUUGCCUCAAUCAAAAUUAAAUUCCAUAUUCAAUAAUCUUAGCCCUCGUAAUGGUUUUUAUACAUCAAAAGAUUUUCUUCCAGCCGUUUCACGAGGAUCAAAAUUAUACGAUUCUGAGGCGAAUUUGCCUAAACUUCAUGGACAUGUGAUUGUUCUGGGAGCUGGUGAUACAGCAUUUGAUUGUGCAACAGCAGCAAUUCGUUGUGGAGCCAAACGAGUAACGGUCGUAUUUCGUCGUGGAUUUAAUAAUAUUCGUGCCGUACCAGAAGAAGUUAAUUUAGCUAUCGAAGAAAAAUGUGAACUAAUGCCAUUCAUGUCUCCAUAUAAUAUCAAAAUGGAAUCAGGUCACAUUGUAUCAAUGGAAUUUUAUCGAACUGAAAUCGAUGAUGACGGCCAUUUUGUUGAGGAUCGUGAACAAUCGAUAAAAAUUAAAUGUCAAUUUGUUAUAUCAGCUUUUGGUUCAUCAUUAACUGAUCCUGAUGUAAUCAAAGCACUGAAUCCAUUAAAAAUGAAUGAAAAAACUGGGUUACCGUUAGUUGAUGUUGACACUAUGUCUACAAGCAUUGAAUGGGUAUUUUGUGGUGGAGAUUUAGCCGGAGUUUCCGAAACAACCGUUGAAGCUGUUAAUGAUGGGAAAACGGCUGCAUGGUCUAUUCAUCGUUAUCUUCAAAGUAAACAUAACAAUGAUGUUGGUUCUAUAGCAAGAUUACCAAGAAUGUAUACACCGAUUGAUUCGGUAGACAUUAGCAUCGAAAUAUGUGGAAUACGUUUUCCAAAUCCAUUUGGUUUAGCAAGUGCGCCGCCUACUACCUCGGGUGCAAUGAUUCGUCGUGCAUUUCAAGCAGGUUGGGCAUUUGCUUUGACGAAAACUUUUGGCCUGGAUAAAGAUCUUGUAACAAAUGUAUCCCCCCGAAUUAUUCGUGGUUCAACAUCUAACCAUCUUUAUGGGCCACAUUUAAGCUCAUUUUUAAACAUUGAAUUAAUAAGUGAGAAAACAGCCGCUUAUUGGUGUAGAUGUAUUUCUGAAUUGAAAAAAGAUUUUCCUGAAAAUAUUAUGAUCGCAAGUAUAAUGGCUAAAUAUAAUCAAGAUGAUUGGAUUGAAUUAACACGAAUGGCUACGGAAUCUGGAGCUGAUGCAUUAGAAUUAAAUUUAAGCUGCCCACAUGGUAUGGGUGAAAGAGGAAUGGGCUUAGCUUGUGGACAAAAUCCUCAAAUGGUUGAAGAUAUUUGUAAAUGGGUCAAAUCGGUUUCAACUGUACCAGUUUUUGCCAAAUUAACUCCGAAUGUCACUGAAAUUGUUGAUAUUGCCCGUGCAGCUCAACGUGGUGGAGCCGACGGAGUAACUGUCAUAAAUACUGUAUCCAGUUUAAUGUGGUUACAAAGCGAUGGAAGUCCAUGGCCAAAAGUGGGAGCAGAAGCUCGCACCACUUAUGGUGGAAUGUCCGGCAAUGCAACCAGACCUAUCGCAUUGCGUGCUGUUUCGGCUGUGGCCCGUACCGUACCAGAAUUGACAAUUCUGGCCACUGGUGGUAUUGAUUCGGCGGAAUCGGGAUUACAAUUUCUUUAUGCAGGUGCAAGUGCACUACAAAUUUGCAGUGCUAUACAGAAUCAGGAUUUCACCGUCAUACAAGAUUAUAUAACCGGAUUAAAAACCUUACUUUAUUUGAAAAGUUUAAAUGAUGAAGAAUAUGACAAGAAAUGGAAUUUUCAAUCACCACCGACACCCGUCCAUCAAAAAGGGAAACCCAUUCCUGGUAAGGCUUUCAUUGAAUCAACAUUGUGUACUAAGAAGAACAAGAAAACACCUUCGAUAAUUAAACUAAAGGAUUUAGUCGGAUAUUCACUUCCGAAAAUUGGAACUUUUAAUCAAUUAAAUAAUAAAGAACAAAAAGUGGCAUUAAUUAACCAGGACAUGUGUAUCAAUUGUGGAAAAUGUUAUAUGACAUGUAAUGAUUCGGGCUAUCAAGCUAUCAAAUUUAAUGCAGGCACACAUUUACCAGAAGUUACGGAAGAUUGUACUGGUUGUACGUUAUGUUAUUCUGUUUGUCCAAUUAUCGAUUGUAUUGAAAUGGUACCUAAAUUAAGGCCGCAUAAAGUAAAACGUGGUAUACCACCUAUAAUGAAUUCUUGCUGAACACACACCGAAAGUUGAAAUAAAUUUAUAAAUUUUCUCAGUAAAAUUUUAAUGAUUUUUAUUUAUUAUUAUUAUUUAAAAUAAAAUCUUCAAUAAAAUUAUCAUUUGUCAUCUA